GGUCUGUGCAUAUGGCUUCGGAAAAUAAGAACAGUUGUUAACUGGCAAGAUCUUCAAGCAGACCCUUUCGUGGAUCCUGGAGAGGAGAGAGGACUACAUGUAUAGCCUUGUGCCACCUGCAAUGACGCCUAUGCUCAAACUAAGUAGGCCUAAGCAAGCACUAAAAGGGGACCAGUUCUUGCCUCUCCGCUUCGGAUUGCGCUGCGCUAGGCCUAAAUAUAGUAUAGUUCUUAUCACUGUGUGACGUGUGGUGGAACCUUAUCGACAGACUGUGAUGAGAAACAUUAAAGGUUGUGUUCGGGUCAACAUUGCCAUUACUCGUGGUUACGGUUCUAGAGUGUGAUCAUGGCACAAGCGAUCACGUUUUCUGCUGCUGUUGUUGUUGUGUUUGUGUUGGUGUUGUGUGUUCUUGACAUGCCGUGGCUGGCCGAAGCUUGUGUGCCUGUGGAGGAGGGAAAGUCGCAUGUCUGGCGCUGCGAUAUACCAGAGGAUGUCGCUCACAGGGACGUUAAAUGGGUGUGGGAAAAGGCAGAUGGGCAGUCACAGGUGCUGUCCGUGUGUGUUCAUGGAAAGUCUAACAACUCCUGUAGCCUAACCGAAUCGCAAGUUGUGACUACAGUCACCUCCAAAACCUCGCAGGGUUUACACAGUAGAAUGGAGGUUCAAACUCUGUCCCGUUUAGACCACCACUCUCGAUUGUCGUGUGGAGUGAUGAGCGUCGCCGGAAGACGAGAUGAGUUCAAGUUUCUCACGGUCUUCCACACCUGUGAGGUCAGCGUGUUCGUUAAACCCCGGGACCCCAAAUGUGAGUCUCACUUGCUCUCCGACAACAUUAUCCAGGUGGACUGCUCGGCCCAAGACGUGUUUCCCGCCCUCCUCUGUGAUAUGAUCCAGAUCGAGGAGCAGAUGAAUCGGCGGAUGAAAAUUCCUGGGGGAAAGGUUCACUACACCACGAGGGUGGCAGGCACAGGCUACAGACAGACACCUCCUCAGAUCAAGCCGACGUGCUCCGCGCGUCUGUUCCGGCCAGUGAAGGGUUACUACAGGUACUUUGUCGUGAUGUAUCCUAGGGUUCGAACCAUCAACCGUCGAGAAAUGUCCGUACCAGUGCAACCGACAGCUGUCAAUAUAAGUAGGUCUGUAGUGCACGUCUCGUUGUCCCUCGUCGAUUCUCCUGUAGACAUCUGCCCUGAAGAGGGUAGCGUUAUCACGCCUCGGUGCGAAGCCACUGGAUUCGAAUCCAAGCCUUAUUUCCGGUGGACUGUCUUCGGGAAAGAGAUCAAUUCUUCUGACGUCUGGUCAGUAGAAGACCCGACCGGACACCCGUACAUGUUCAUAUCCACACACAAGAUCAGAGUCAGGCCCGAGCAUCAAGGUAUACUCAUCUCUUGCUCUGCUGUACCGUCGAAUUGGCAGGAGGUGAGAGACGAUGACAUCACAGACUCCUUGUCGCUUCAGCUGCGAUGGCCGCCUUCUCGUCAGCCAGAAUUCUUCUUUGUAAAUGGAGGAGAGAAAUUGCCCAAGAAGAUAACUCUCGUGCAGAACUCAACGGCGCUGAGUCUCCAGUGCUCUGUACCCGCUGGAGGGACGCCGGACGUGCAGGAGACGACCGUGAGCUGCACGCGCACCGAUCUCAACUUACUAACAUCUUCACGGGACUCUGAAAAUGGCGGCAAUGUCAUCCUACGCGAGUCAGCCGUGGGAGCGAGCGCCAAUUUCACGCUGGACACGAAAGACAAAGGAGCAUUUUCGUGUGUAUGUUCGGCCAAGCAUGCGACUCGCUGCUACCACGGGCAGGUGGAUCUUGACGUCACCGUCGUCUCGACUGAUUUCCUCGGUCAAUUUUCAAGCAGAGAAGGUGGUCCCGGGGACUGGAAACUUCCGGUGAUAGUCUCCCUUUUCGUGACCGUGGCUGGGCUAGCCUGCUGUUUCGUUGUCAUCGCGUGCCGUAAACUGUACAACCGUACCCUCUACCUUCAUGAUACGCUUUACUGGAAGUCUAGUGGUAAUGACGAAUUGGGCGGUGAGAAUAAGAUAAAUUCGAACAAAGUCCUAGCUGUGAAAUUAGAAUCAGAAGAUGGCUAUAUUGAGCCUAUAGACGUUAUGCCUACCCAACAAUAUAGAGAAAGUAGUGACAACCAUUAUGACGAGAUAGACACUGGAUCAGAUGACAGCACAUCAGAUAAGGGAAUCAUCGAAAACCGUAAUAUGGUGGUUUCUGAUAACCCUUUUUAUGCUACACAUCGCUCAUUGAAGACUCCAAUGGCUUUUCAUUGUACUCAUAUCCAAAAAGAAGCUGACUCCUUUUUUAAUACGUUUCUAGACCAGACAUAGACAAUGCCAAGAACGACUGCGCUUAGCAAAAGAGGUUUUUAAGUCUCGGAACAUCAGCUGGUCUAUAACGAUGAGUGACUGUAUAAAAACAGGUGGGGAUCAAGGGCUGAGAAGGGCCUCAUUUAAAAGAUGAGAAACACCCAAGCGUCUCCCAGUCUAGCCAACCGCACCUACCCGUGAUGAUCCCUGUUUGCACUGACGAGGCUCUGGCAAAUGGCAAAUCGUUGGCGCCAACAAACCAAACCCCCUUUGCCAGGAGGGGUAAAAACAACUGGCUGGGAAUAGGUGUGACCUCACAAGGUGCGGAGGGCAGAACGCUAUGCCCCCACCAACACACUCUCACUCUCCCUUGAGUGAGUGUCCUCCUCUACUACCCUCACCUACUUCUUCUACACACCCCCUGUUGUUGGCUUGUGCUCUACCUCCAAUCAAGUGCAUCUCCAAGGAUCCUUCUGGUCCUAGACGGUCAUAAUCGCCUAGUUCUGGUCACUGCAAUGAUGAAUACUCCACUGGGUGGGAUAGGCCGCGGGGACAUGGCAUGCCCAAACAUGGACGUCUACGCACCGACACAAAGGAUCCAGGACGUGACAACAGUGGCGGCGCACCAUUGAUUCAAUUGGUGCAAGCGCUCCACCUAACCCUGGCCUUCACACCCCCCCCCCUCCUUUUUCUAAUUGUUCUAAACC